GGGAUGAAUGGUAGUCGUCAUUAUCUUUAUAAUCAAGCCACUUUGGAAGACAAGGAAGACCGUUUUUCUUGCCUUCCACCCCAACACCUACUCAAUUUAGAAGAAAUGAUUGACAAUUGGGUUUUUCUGCAUGAUAAAUAUCUAAUGGAAAAACUUAUUUUUAAGUAUCCCCAGGCCAUAGCGAGUAAAGUGGGGGAAGUUAGAAUUAAGCAACCGCCUCUCAACUACUCCUCAACCGGAAGCAGCAAAAGCGAAGAAAAUGAUUUAAUUUCUGCUUAUACUAGCCAGGCUAACGAAAUUUUUGGUGGUGCAAAAAACCCACCAAGAUGGUUCUUUGAAGGAGAAAAGACCCCAGACAUUGACCUUAAUUUUUCUGGUGAGUAUCAAAAAGUUGCUCAUAAUUAUGUGCGGCAACUACUAGGAGAAGAAUCGGUUUAUCGGAUUGGCACGAUUAAUACUUUAUCCCAACAAACCGCCGAAAUAUUUUGA